AUGAUAUCCUACCUAUCCAAUCGCAGGAUCGAGGACGACCUGCAGAAGGAGGGGGGCCAUGUCACGGUCAACUUGGACAUGCCUCGGACUCUCCCCGGAGAGCCCUCGGCCCAGCCUUGGGCACAUGACGUCCCGUCACGUGCCCCAGCACAUAUAUAUAUAUCCUCUUACGAACCCCUGAGUCUCCUCAAGGAUUCGUCUAUCAAUACUAUCCUGUACCCCCUUCUGCGCUUCACGCUUCCUGCUUCACAUUAUGGUCGGGGCCGAUACGGGGACCCUUCGGAUAGGAUCCGAGCGACCCGAGAUGGAAUGAUUCGUAGAAUCUACGUUCGUACUGAACACGUGACCGUUACGGUUCACUUUGUACGGACCGUAAGUGUCCCCUCCCCUAGGUUUGGUUAUUACACUCCGAGUAUCACAUUCAGGGAGAUUGUGAAGGCAGGGUUGGCAGAUCCUCUACCCUCGAUCAACGUCUCUUGGAUUGAUCCCCCGGCAUAUCAAUGCCUUGUUGUACUCUCUGCAACAGUCUACUUCGUCUCUGGGUUGUCGGUGUCUGGCCUGCACACUGUAGUAGCAUUAAGCACAGAAAAGUAUUCGAGUUUGACACACGGUAUUAGCCAUAGAGUACAGCUUCAUGCAGGGCUUCCAACGGGCCGUACUACGUACGAACGUACCGAGUUCGUGAGCCGGCUCUGGCGAGCAGGAGGCCUGCGGACGCUUAAAUCUCUUUCUAAGGGUUUUAAUCUAUCCAUCUGUCUUUACGAUACGUACACCUACCUCUCCUCCUCCCUGUCGUACGAACGUACACAAAAUCUCACCCGUACAGGCCUCAAAAUCGCCCAAUCGUACAGUACUACGUCUCGUUGGAAGCCCUGGCUUCAUGCAUUGAGGGCACUCCGGCUGUCGGUCUGCGUAAAAUGCCUUCUCGAAGCAAUAUUCGCGCGUUGGUCCUGUCCUACUCAGCUCUAUCUUCCCAGAGACAUCUUUCAAUAUCCUGUUCACGUCACCAUCUUUACGGAUAUCACUAUUACAGUCGGCGCUAAUGCCAAAGGUUUCUACAAUGUCCACGGGGUUCUAGUUCAGCCUUCUCACUUGGUUCAGUCUGGUUUAACUAUUGAGUCAGCUUUGAACAUUUCCGCAUGUUCAGGAUUUUGGCAGAGAGGAGAGGUAGAGAAGGCUCUAAUAGUCAGCCACUAUGUAGGCACCGAACAGAAAGUAUCAUGCAGCCUCUCCAAAGUUUGUGCUCUCUCGGUUUUUAUGCAUGGUAUCGGUGAGCAUCACUGCGAAAACUUCGAGCCAUUGAAGAAAGCUAUCCAGGGCAUCUACCACAUCAUUCAUGGCCUCUCAUGCAUAAUCGCCCGCAUCUCUGGGAUGUUCCUUGACCUGGCUACUCCACAAUCUUCAACAGUUGUCUCUGUGCCGAGAGCAGCUUCCCCAGAGUUGUACCGAAUCCAAUUGAGAGAAGGCGAGGUAGGUAGUCAUAAUUCGUUAAACCCCUUGCUGGAAUUUAAAGGGUCGUAA